UCUGUCUAAAAAGGUAUAAAGACCCAUCGAAUGUCACGCAAUUCUAAUAAAGUGAACAUCAGCAGCAGCAAGUUUUCAGCUCAGGUCCAAAUCUUCAGCACUAUCAACAAAUCACAACAUCUUUUUAGCUUAUUACAACAUACUCUACCUAACUUUCAAAUUCAAAAUGGGCGACAUCCGCGGCUCCGAGAGAGACAGCAACGUUAUUGCCCUUGUCGAGGCUAUUCUUGGCCACAAGAUCGAGAGCAUGCCCGGCUCUUCAUCUCAGAGCACCAUGGAGGACUAUGAAGACCUCGUCGACAUGAACAGAGACCACGAAUUCAGCAAGGAUGGUCCCCGUCCCGACUCCCCACCCAAAAACCCCUGCGUCGGUGCCGUCAAUCCCUACGCUUUGGCUGAGGCCCUCAUUGGCCGCAGAAUUGACCGUCACUCCAUGGCUGCUGCCCAGAUCCUUCAAAAUGUUCUUCAGACCGACUACGAUGAGCUCUUUGAUAUGCGCCACCACUCUGUUCUCUUCGCCGGUAUGAGACUGAACGAGAAGGAGAGGAAGGCUGAGAUGUACGAUGAGAAGGACAUGAAGAUCCUCAACGAGCGGGAUCUCAUGACUCCCGACUUCUCUGGUGUCCGCAGACUCGAAGAUCUCGAGAAGGUCGGACUUAAGGACCUCAAGGAGGCCAAGGUCAAGAUGGCCCGCAUGAAGAACGGCAAGCUUCGCCUUGUUCUCCACGCCCACGAGCUCGGCGACACUGUUUCCAACCGCAAGGUUACCAUGUCCAUCAAUGAACUCGUCACUCCAUUCAGAAUGCAGAAGGGCCGCUGGCAGCCACCCAACGCCUCAUGGCGCGACAUGUACGACUACUUCUUCCAGAGCGUCAACAAGCGCUUGAUUUCCGACAUCACCAUGUUCCAGCUUGGUGACCGCCGUGAGACCAACCGUAAGUUCGACGACCCUACUCAGGGCUGCUCAAGCAACAGUUGGUUCGUCUCUGCACUCUUCUCUGUGUUCUGGUCCGACCCCAGCGCCAUCAACCGCGCCACCCGCGUUCACACCCACGGCAACGACAAGAAGCGUUUCUUGUCUGUGAAGUUCCACGACAAGGGUGGCAAGCAGAACAACAAGACUGAGACUGUUGACGUCAACUACGAGAUCCCCAUCAACAACUCUGACAACGAGCCUCUCUACUGCCGCUCCAGCGAUGGCGCCGACAUUUGGCCCUCGCUCUACGAGAAGGCUUUCGCCAAGUGGAUCACUGGCUCCAACUCUGAGCAGCCGGAUAUCACCCAGACUCACUGCGGUGACCCCAUCAAGGCCAUGGCCCAGAUCAAUGGCCGCACGCCUCACUACUACAACUGUGACAACCACUCUUCCCACACCCUUUUGGGCUUGGUCCGCGCCAACAGUGUCAACAACAAGACCAUCAACCCCAUGACGGCUUAUACCUAUGCCACUGGCCGCGAGUUCCACGGUGCCAACAUUGUUGCCAACCACGCCUACUCCGUUCUCGGCUACUGCGUCAUUGGCGACAAGCAGUACAUCGUCCUGCGCAACCCGUGGGGUGUCACCGAGCCUCAGGGUCUCACUAGCUACACUGGUCUCCUUGGCCGUCUCGAGCCCGAGAUCUGGAACCCCGCCACCCUCCUCGACCACGGCGGUCUAUUCGCUCUUGAGGCCGACUCCUUCAAGCGAUGCUUCUCCUGCAUCGGUGUUGCCAAGUAAACGUUGCAAAAUAAGUGACCGGUCACUUAUUU